UCAUUCGUUGGAUUAAUCCUGCCAUGGCUCCUGUUUACAGUGACCUGAUAUCCUUACUGACAGCCUUUGGCACUAAUAUUGCCAUUUCUGCUGCACUUAUUGUUGGUUUCUCCUUACUUCGAACUACAAACAAAAAUGUAUAUGAGCCACGGCUAAAAUUUGCCGAGGAAGAUAAGCGGCCACAACCACUCAGUGCAAGCCCCGUUUCUUGGAUCAAACCGUCUUUUUUUACUGAUGAGCUUGAACUUGUCGGUAAAAUUGGUCUUGAUGCUGUCAUGUUUUUACGAUUCAUCAACGUCCUCGUUCGACUUUUUGUCGGCACAACAAUCUUGGCAAUUAUCCUCUGCGCAGUUAAUUUCCACGCUCCAAACAUCGAUCCUCCUAUAUUUUCUCCUGGAUCCGAUAAUGAUGGUGCAAAUCCUGCAUUCAAUCCUAGUUUGACCCUGUUUAGUAUUUCCAACAUGGUCAAUGCCGAAUCCCAGUUAUUCUACAUUCCUGCAUUUUUCGCGUGGAUAAUUUCUAUUUAUGCCUAUUAUUUACUCUACACAACUUGGUUGGAGUAUAUCAAAUUACGAAAGGCAUACUUUUCCAGCCCAGAUUACCUCAAUAGUUUCUACAGUCGUUGUGUACUCGUGACAGAUGUAUCUGAACAUAUGAGCAAGGAGGGCGUGCUGGAAGACUUUAUCAAAAGUGCUGAUCUGUCUUACCCGCCCAGCCAAAUCUUGAGGGGCCGUGAUUUUACAACUCUUCCACAGCUGAUGAAAGCACAUACCGAAGCUACGUUUGCUCUUGAAGCGGUUUUUGUAAAAUAUUUGAAGGAUCCAUACAACUUGCCAAGUGAACGUCCUACCCACAAGAUUGGAGGAUAUUUGUUUCAUUUGAUUGACGGUAAAAAGGUAGAUUCGAUUGACUAUUACGGCAAAGAAAUUCGACGCCUUGAAAGCGAAAUCUACGAAAUGCGGUCCAAGGGUGAUGAUUAUUACAAGGCCAACUCGUCGGCAUUUAUAAGCUUUGAUUCCAUCAAAGGUGCCCAUUCGGCUGCAAACAAACUUGCUGGUUUCAUCAAAACCACUAUGCGAACCCAGAUGAUUGCACCGCCUCGCUUCAAGGUUAGUCCUAAUUUUGAACAUUUGAUUUGGGAAAACGUCGGUGUCAUGUCGGCCAUUCGCAACACCCGUCGUUUAAUUGCAUUCGGUAUGCUGGCUGCCAUUACUAUUGGAUGGACCUUUUUUCAAGCAUUUUUGGGCACUCUUGUCACUAUCGAAAGCAUUUCCGCCUAUUCUCCUGGAAUUGCCAAUUUUAUCAGUCGAAACCAAGGUCUCAAUGUUAUCGUAAAAUCUUUUGUUGGUCCUGGUCUGGUUGCGUUGAGUAAUAUCUUGCUCCCCAUGGCCCUGCGCGUUGUAGCCCGUACUCAAGGCGUUGUUUCGGGCCCAGGCGUUGAAAAGUCUGUACUCUACAAAUACUUUGUCUUUCAAGUUUACAAUCAGCUGAUUAUCAACGUGGUGGGCAUCACUGGUGUCAAGAGUAUAUGGACUGCACUUACAGCUGGAUCUGUUUCAAACAAUCUGAUCUGGCAGCAGGUUGCUACAGAUAUUGUCGCUCGUGGAAAUGUAGUACUUUUGUAUAUUAUUGCUGGUUACACCAGUUACGGUGUCGAGAUUAUUCAAGGCGCUCCUUUGGUGAUUGGAUACAUCAAGCGCAAAUACUUUACUCUUACUCCCCGACAAGAAUAUGAGCUGAAUGACGAGCCUGCCUUUGACUUUAUGAUCACGUAUGGUUUCUUGACUCUUGUGGCUCUUAUCGGGCUUGGAUACGCUGUCAUUGCCCCCAUUAUUGUUCCGUUUGUCACUGUUUUGUUCUUGCUGGCUUAUGUGGUCAUGAAGUACCAGUUACUUUACGUGUACGAGGUGAAGCAGGAAACUGGCGGAACAUGGUGGCCCAAGGUUUUCAACAUCAUGUGCUUUAUUGUUGGUGCAUUCCAACUCAUGACAUUUGGAUCGAUUGUGGUCACUUCUGCAGUCAAAUCUUCCACUGGAAAUGGCAAAUCGCAGAGUAUGAUUGUUGUCGUGCUGGUGUUUAUCACUAUUGCAUUUUACUUGUUUUGCUCGUUCUACCUUGCACCAAGGGCUGCCUAUGUAUCAAAGCGACAUUCUGCUGCAUUUUUACCGCUUAUAGACCAUCGCGACGGGUCUACCACUGCAGUAGACGAUCGAGGAAAUUCUGCUACCACUGUGGCUGACCCAGAAAGUGGUGCUGAACAUGAGGCUCGCAAGAGUGCUGUUUCUGACAAGAAUGCUCUUGCCAAUCGUCUCUUUAACCCAGCCAUGGUAAAGCCUUUGGUAAAAGUAUGGGUUGCACCUCAAAGCAAAUCCAUGCUGCACACCUUUUACCAUCCUGACUAUCUUGACCUGGUGGACUAUGUUCGCAAAACCAAAGUAGGCGAGUCGCGAGAUCAAUAUGUUACUAUUGCCAAAAAUCUUAAAAAGCGUAUGCAAAGCUUCCAGUCUGAUCGAUCUAGUCAGCGCGUAGCUUCUCGCAAUGGCAGUGCUGAUGCAGAAGCUGGACGAGGUGAAGGACCACCAGAAGAUGAACCUAUUGUGCUUACACCUUCUGAAUCGGUUGUAGAAGGUCUUGACCGUAUUGAUUUUCAAGGAAGGUACACGGUAGUAACGCCUGAACCCAUGUCCUUUGAUGGAUAUGGAAAAGAUGUAUCCGAUGCUUACGAGAUGCGUGCAUUGGUUGAUAGCAAGGGUGAAACUAAUACACAUGUAUUGCAAAAACGUUAGAUUUUCUGAUCAUCAUUCAUGAACACUCUUGUUUCAUUUGAAACCAUAUUGCGAUACUGUCUUGCAGCUAUUCGAUCUACUACGACUGCUGUUUUUAAUUAUCUGAAUUUCCAAACUUAAUGAAACCCAGUUUAAAUCUUGAUUGUUGGCCACUAAGUGUGCAAUAUCUGAAUUAAAACUCGUAUAU